AUGCAUCAGGUCAUCCACACCGGAGAGAGAUCAUUCAGCUGUGGAGACUGUGGAAAGUCUUUUACCCACUCUGGAAGCUUAAAACGACACCAACUGAUCCACACUGGAGAGAGACCGUUCAGCUGUGACGAGUGUGGAAAGUCUUUUACCGAGUCUGGAAAGUUAAAAGGACACCAACUCAUCCACACUGGAGAGAGACCGUUCAGCUGUGGAGACUGUGGAGAGUCUUUUACCAGGUCUGGAAACUUAAAAAGACACCAACUAAUCCACACUGGAGAGAGACCGUUCAGCUGUGACGAGUGUGGAAUGUCUUUUACCCACUCUGGAAACUUAAAAACACACCAACUGAUCCACACUGGAGAGAGACCGUUCAGCUGUGGAGACUGUGGAAAGUCUUUUACGCAGUCUGGACACUUAAAAACACACAAACUAAUCCACACUGGAGAGAGACCGUUCAGCUGUGGAGACUGUGGAGAGUCUUUUACCACAUCUGGAAAGUUAAAAACACACCAACUAAUCCACACUGGAGAGAGACCGUUCAGCUGUGACGAGUGUGGAAAGUCUUUUACGCAGUCUGGAAGCUUAAAAACACACCAACUCAUCCACACUGGAGAGAGACUGUUCAGCUGUGAUGAGUGUGGAAAAUCUUUUACCCUCUCUGGAAACUUAAAAAGACACCAACUGAUCCACAGUGGAGAGAGACCGCUCAGCUGUGGAGACUGUGGAAAGUCUUUUACCCUCUCUGGAAGCUUAAAAAGACACCAACUGAUCCACAGUGGAGAGAGACCGUUUAGCUGUGACAAGUGUGGAAAGUCUUUUACCCACUCUGGAAACUUAAAAACACACCAACUAAUCCACACUGGAGAGAGACCGUUCAGCUGUGACGAGUGUGGAAAGUCUUUUACCCACUCUGGAAGCUUAAAAACACACAAACUCAUCCACACUGGAGAGAGACCGUUCAGCUGUGACGAGUGUGGAAAGUCUUUUACCGAGUCUGGAAACUUAAAAACACACAAACUCAUCCACAGUGGAGAGAAACCGUUCAGCUGUGACGAGUGUGGAAAGUCUUUUACGCACAUUUCAAACUUAAAAACACACCAACUCAUCCACAGUGGAGUUAAAGCGUUCACCUGUGAUCACUGUGAUCAGUGUGGUAAACAGUUUACUACAAACACAAAGUUACGACGUCACAUGUUUACCCACACUGAGGAACAACCUUAUAAAUGUGACCUGUGUGAGAAGACUUUUAAAUCUCCACGUUACCUGAAAGCACACCAACAGAUCCACACCAGAAAGACUCUACAAUUGCAGUUACUGUGA